UGAAGAUGUUGUUGACUGGAGAAGUGGUGAGAGUCCUGCAUUUGAGGCAGAUGUAAGGCUGGACUCGUGCAUUCUCAGCACUCGGAUCACCGAUGAUGACAGGGGCGCAGGUUGGAUUUCUAACGAAGCUAGGCUGUGUAAAGCCAUCGUGGCAGACUCGCUGGCAUCGUGCCGCAUCCUGAUUCAACAUCAGAAACAAGGCUUCAUGCAUUCAUGAUGAUCGAAGGGCGGUUCAGGAGGGCUAUCGUGUUGUUUGUAGAAUGGCUCUCGUUCGGGUGUGCUUAAGCUGCCAGAAAAUCCAAACAAUUUCUUUGCAAUCAAUUAACCAGCAUGUCAUCUUCGACGGGCUAUCAUAAGCUUUCGAGCUUCAUGGUUGACAAGAACUACACAAUCUUCCGGCGUUUCAAAGUACUUGCAAAUCGUGACUUGCUGUACUUGCAGGCUGAGCUGGCAGCACUAGAAGACCAGUUCGCAGCCAUCCAAGCGCAAGACCGAGUUUCUGGAGGCGAGCAGGAGUUUUAUGAUCGGAAUUGGCCCUUGGUCAAUUCGUCCAAGGACCGUGGCCAUAGCAGUGAACAAUUGAGAAAGGCGCUGGAGAUAAGAACGAAACUUCAAGAAUACUAUGAGUGCGCCUCGCGAUAUGCGACCAUCAUCAACAUGCCCAAGGCCAGGCGACGUGAUGUUGCCAUGCUGAAGGAGUGGAUCCUGAGCCCAGAUCUCGGCGGGGGUAUCUUAUUCUCGGGUGAAGAUCUGAGCCCCUGGGGAAAAUCUGUGUAUGACGAAACGCAUAACGAUGAUUUGAUGAUAGUGAAAAGUCGAACUGGAGAAAAUGACACGUUCACUCGAUUCCUGGCCGGACCUGUCUUCCAUCUGCUGGAAAGGUUCUGGCGCCGUUUCAAGAAACCAGAAACGUCAAAUACCGAAGAGCAAGUACCGGCGAGCAACUUGUACCACUACUCUGAUUCUCAUAUAAUUGGGACUAUUGACGUUAUGGGCACAGUGAUCGCCUCUAUGAUCCCAUUGGUCUCCAUUGUGAUCCUGUACUUCAUUCGAAAUCUAGGAGCUCGACUAGGAGUCGUCUGUGCCUUCACUCUACUGUUCUCUACCGGCUUGGCGCUGGUGACAAAAGCUCGAAGAAUUGAGAUUUUUGCAUGCACUGCCGCUUUUGCCAGCGUCCAAGUAGUCUUCUCAAGGAAAAUGGCUCCGAAUUGA